UACUGUUCACGGUGUUGUUUGAGCUGCUUCGUGUGCACUCAGUGCUGGACUACCGGGAGCAGAGUUCGGCACAGCAACACUUCGUGAUAAGGAGCAACAGGGAACCCCCUUGAAAGUAGUAGAUGAGUGCAGGAGUGCUCAGUGUAUAGCACCGGCUAUCCCAGCUCAUGGUGGGAUUUUUUGCGGGAUGAGACCCACCAGGGGCCGCGUGCACCGGCGAUAUCCAGGGCUCAGGUAGUGCGCACCCGCUGGGAGCAGCGGUGGGUGGCAGGCUGACGGGCUCACGGUGGGGUCAGUCCCUUCCAGAUGACAAAGCGGGUGACCCGACCCAUGAAUAACUUGGAAAGAGGUUUCGCUCGAGAGCCAAGAUGAUCGCAGCGUUUUUCCCCUUGAAGAAACUGCGGCGCUAUGGCAAAUAUCUUCUGUUCGGGGCGAUUCUGCUGGUCGGAGUUGUGGCCGUUUACCAUGAGAUAGUGGCAGCAAAAGCAUGGAGCAGUGAAACCAGUAUGAAUCCUGACGUUGACGGUAGCAGCUGGAGGAGAGCCAUGUUUGACAAAACGGUCAUAAGGGACUGUCAACCAGACUCUGUGGAGGAUUCAGCUGCUUGGAGCUCCAGCUACACUCAACAAACCUGGAAACCAGAGUAUAAGGGACAGGCCAAUCUGCAUGUCUUUGAGGACUGGUGUGGCAGUUCUACUGCUGACCUCUUCAAGAACUUGCACUACCCGCUGUAUCCUCACUCCAGGACUACAGUGCAGAAGCUGGCCGUCUCUCCUCAGUGGACCAACUAUGGGCUCAGGAUAUUUGGUUAUCUACAUCCAUAUACUGACGGAGAGUUUGUGUUUGCUUUGAGCUCUGAUGACAACUCUGAGUUUUGGCUCAGCACAGAUGACUCUCCCCUCAACUUGCAGUUAUUGGCAUGGGUUGGAAAGACUGGCACAGAGUGGACAGCCCCAGGCGAGUUUGAGAAGUAUGCCAGUCAGACCUCCAGACCAGUUCAGUUGUCUGCUCAGAGGAGGUACUUUUUUGAAGUUAUCCACAAGCAAAACGACAGAGGGACUGACCAUUUGGAGGUGGCAUGGCAGCUCCUGGACCAAGGUUUUAGGUUCAUGGUUAUUGAAUCCAAUUAUAUCUCCCUCUAUGUUAAUGAGUCUGCCUUGUUAAUGAGUGACAUUGACCACAUACCACAGACGGUUGCAAGCCACAAACACACCCCCACAAAACAGCGUGGUGCAGCAGCAGACAUACUGAGGGAAGACCUGCGAGACACUCUGUACCAAGUGCCAUUGAUAAACAGCGAGUUCCUACAAGGUCUUCUGCCUGACUGCUCGUACAAACCCAGCUACACAAUCAAAGACUUUCCUCUGCUCCGCUACCAGGGACUGCAAUUUGUCCACAUGUCCUACAUCUACCCCAAUGACUACACCCGACUCACACACAUGGAGACAGAGAACAGCUGCUUCUACCCUGAGAGCCCCUACUACAUGAAGAUAUUUGGUUUCUCUAGAUACAUGAGACUAGACCAUCCUGAUAUGCAGGAAAAAGGAAACGCAGGCAGAGAUUUUGGUUUCCUGAGGAGGAAAUCAGUGCUAGAUGAGGAGGACAAGUUUGACAUUGAAGCCUAUCAAAGAGAAAAGGAAGCCAGGCUGGACCAGGUAGAUAACACCCUUUUUCCAGACUAUGGUGAUGAUUAUGAUGACUAUGCUCAGAAACGCAGGCGCAAACUCUUCUCAUUAGUCAUGCAAGAAACUAACAACAUGCUGAAGAACACCUCUGACACAAGACAGCAAGGUUGGCAAGGGAAAUACGGUGUCCCACAGCCUCAGCCAGAGCCACAGAAACCAGUUGAGCCUCUGCAGUCUAUGCCAACACAAGCCUCAAAACAUCAUCUGCAACAGAACUGGACAAAAUUAAAGCCAGAGGACCGGUUUAAAAAAGUAGAACAGAUGAAACCAGAAGGGAAGUCAAGACCAGCAAAGAGACAAAAGCUCAAAUCAGCAGAGACAGCUGUGAGAACAGGACAGACAAAUCCACCAAUACCAGUGGACAGAGAGCAGCUUAAGGCAAAGGAACGACCAGCAAUCCCAUCAGAGCAGCUCAAUGCUAAACAGCAUAAUACUCAGAGGUCCCGUAAAAUAAAACAUAUCCAUAUCCAGAGACUGAAAGACUCAAAACUUCAACCCUUAGAGAGGGACGCUCUUCUUCCUGAAAACCCUACAGUGGCCAAGCAGCGGUUUGUAACCAAAGGAAUGGAGCUCCAGCCAGCCGCCACCAAGCGUGUUACCACUCCCAAGAGAGACAUCAACCGCCCUUUAGUAAGGCUAAAUCAGAGGGACAAACGCCUCAGGGAUAAGGAGAUAGAGAUGAAUAUGCCUCUACAGCAGGAUCUAGAAAAGAGCAUCCACCGUGCAAAGAUGAUUGCUAGAUUAGACAAUAAGCUGUUGGAUGUGAAAGGAAAGGAGGACCAAGUGGGGAAGGAAGACAAGGCUCGCAACAGAGCUUUGAGCAGGAGAGACACCAAGGAGCGUGGGAGACUCUCUCUAUGGGGACCAGAAGGAGACUUUGAAGGCGCGCAUGACAAGGACCUCACCCCUGCACCGGUGUUUGACACUGAGAUCAACUGGAACCAGACCUUUCAGGUCAGCCACCUGGACCUUCAGGCACAGCGAUCAGACUGGAUCGACCUGCGCUGCAACAUCUCAGGCAACCUACUGUUCCAGUCCAGUGAUGCUCUGCCCAUAGUCAAGGCUUUCAUGGACCAACUCAACGAAAAGCACCACGGGCAGUUCACAUUGGAGAGUGUGGUUAACGUGGUGAAGCGUGUGGAUGAGGUCCAGGGCAGCCGCUACCUUCUGGAGCUGGAGCUGAAAGAUGUGAACGGCCAGCUGCUGCGCCUGUCACACUACAUCUACACUCUGAUUCGCCACAGCAGGCAACCCAGCAAGGACUUGAAUUUCCAACGGCCGAAACCUCAGCUGGUGCUGUGUAACCCGGUGGGCUUCCGCUGGAAUUCUGCUGCCACCGUCAACUUCAUAGUACCGGUCAAAAACCAGGCUCGGUGGGUGCAGCAGCUGAUUGCUGAGAUGGAACAACUGUUCAGAGAAACUGGAGACGCCAACUUCAAUCUCAUCAUCACUGACUUCAACAGCACCGACAUGGAUGUGAGGAAGGCUCUACAGAAAUCCUCUCUCCCCAGGUACCAGUAUGUGAAGCUGAGUGGAAACUUUGAGCGCUCCGCUGGUCUGCAAGCAGGUGUUGACCUCAUAAAUGAUGACCACAGCAUUGUGUUUCUUUGUGACCUCCACAUCCACUUUCCUCCCUCCAUCAUCGAUACCAUCAGGAAGCACUGUGUGGAGGGAUACAUGGCCUUUGCUCCAAUAGUCCUGAGACUGGACUGUGGAGCUACUCCAUUAGAGCCCAGAGGUUACUGGGAGGUCAAUGGCUUUGGUCUGCUGGGGAUCUAUAAGUCAGAUCUGGAUGCAGUUGGAGGAAUGAACACCAAGGAAUUCACAGACCGCUGGGGAGGAGAAGACUGGGAGCUCCUCGACAGGAUUAUCCAGGCAGGACUGGAAGUGGAGAGGAUCUACUUGAGGAACUUCUUCCACCAUUAUCACUCCAAACGUGGCAUGUGGAACCACAGGAUGUCGACCAGCCACAGCGGCCACUAGGAGCGACAAUGGUCACCUGCUGCUGCACCAUGACAACGGUCACCCCAGUAACAACUACGGCAACCAGAGCACUUUAAGGCCGGAGCAUGAUUCCUGCUACAUAAUAGUAAUAGCUGCUGACCGACAGAGAGGGUCACAUAGGAUGCUGACAUAGGGUUGGAUACUGUCCUCAGUCACUCAAGCUCUGUCAAACAGCAAGUUACAGUGUUCAGCAGUUAAGUGGCAGCAGUGAAGGUUGUUGCUAAGGAGAUACUACUGAUAUGCUCAAAGUUUAUUCCACUGGAUAUACGUAUAUGUUGACUACUAAGAGGGUACUGGUCCAUGAGUGCCAUUGACUGUGUGAUAUUAUAAAUGAAGAUACUGCUGUGCAUCAUGUUGCUGACUGAAAACAUGAUGAUCUGAUGACCUAAAUUAAAUGAUAGUUCACACACACAAACACAAGUGUCCUAUGUCAUAAAGAUCACAAGUCUUACACUUGAGAAAAAGUUGUUUGUUUUGUUUGUGGCAAAAUUAAAUACAUCUAUUUAACUGCAGAUUGUGUAUACGGUAAACACAGCCUCAUUUGUCAUGUUGUAAAUUAUGGAAUUAUUUAUUGUAUCAUUGGUUGUAGGGGGGUUGUUUUGGGCGUUAUUUCUAAGUGUACUUCCAUUUAUGUGUUAAGUGCCCUCCCCAUAUUUGUUCUCAUUAAUAUUAAUUGUGCCUACUGUUGACUGACUGUUAUUCAGGUACUGGGGCCACAUAGGGCUGUUUUGUUUUUGUUUUUUUUUUACAGACAAGACAGGAAAAACAAUUUAAUAUUUAAGUGGUUUUCAUGAUUGUUUAAUUUAGUUUUGUCAGAGGACAGUCAGUUAAAAAAAAUGACUUGGAUUUUUAGGUAUGUUUGGGUUUUGUGUUGCCCAAUGCAUCACAGACAAUAUUGGCAUAUGAAAUGGUAAUCAAAUAUCAGAAAACUGAAACAAUUAUAAGAACAUUGCCACUUACCAAAGAUAAUAGUUGAAAAUUGAGUAGGAGGACUCCUGUGCAGAAAAGUCAAAAAGCAGGGUUUAUUUUUUGACAUGACAGACUAUUGAAAAUGUCUGUGUAAAUAUAGCCAGGGCCAUUUUAGUCAAGAAGUAGAUUUACUGUAAUUUAUGUCCAUGUAGCCAGCUCAUAUUAUUUUUAUUGAUCUACCUGAUGAAGUUGUUUUUCAAAAGAAUAAUUAUUUUGAGUGAAUCUCAAGUCUAUGAAGCUUCCCAUUCUAACAGUGGGAAAUAUUGUUUUCACUGUCAACACAGUGAAUACAGAUAGGAAAUGUAGUGUGAAAAAUGAUUGUGUAUUUAUCAUAUUGUUUCAUUGUUAUUUAUACUAAUGGCAGCAUUUUCAGAUUGUUCACAUUCCAGUUUUACAAACGUGUUGUGCCUGUCUUAGUCUUUUGAAAUUGAUACAUGUUGAUCCCUUUUACUUGUCAUUUAGGGCAAUAAAAACAACACAAUUCUUGUCUGACGCCAGACUACGCUGGUAGAUUUGGUUUGUAACACUGCCAAGAAUUGUGAUGUUCCCCCCUUUUUCUUGUACCAAAGUGUUGAAGCUUUUGAAAUUUGGUUUCUGGUUUUGCCAGAAUGUUUGAUGCUUUCUCAUUUCCUCCUUUACUACGACUUCAUCUCUUGUUUUUAGAUAUUCCUCAUCCCUCUCUUUAUGCUGGGAGUUAACCUCUGCCUUAUUGUAGAGUUCUGCAGUCUCUUCUCAGGUUUUUUCCAUUUUACACUGCCUUGACAAAUUUGAGGAAUAAAUUUCUCUUGCCUUCA